AUGCAAUCCCUCCCGGAAACGCACCGGGCUCUAACCCUCCUAUCGCUCGGCUCGCCCCUGGAAGUGAAGUCCAAGCCCACACCCGCGCCCCUCCCGGGGAGCGCGAUCGUUCAAAUCCUCAGCACGCCUAUCCUCGCCUACGCCGCGGCCCUCUACUCUGGCGUGUUGAACUACCCGCUCCACCCACCGCAGACCAUCGGCGGGGGAGCCAUCGGACGGGUCGUGGCGCUGGCCAACGACGCCACGACUCUCGAGCCCGGCCAACUCGUGCUUCUCGACCCGAUGGUCCGCGGGCGCGACGACCCGGCGCAGAGCAUCCUGCUUGGCGUCCAUGGCGGGACAUCCGACCAGGCAGCCCGGUUGAUGCAAGGAGAGGAUACGUGGCGCGAUGGGUCCUACGCCGAGUAUGCGCGCUGGCCGCUGGAGAAUGUCCAUGCGUUGGACGAAGAUACGUUGUGCGGUGGCCACACCACCGUCCCCAGCCUCGGCUACACCAUGCCCGAACUAGCCUAUCUCCUCAAACUGCUCGUGCCGAUGGGGGGUUUGGCGGCAUUGGACAUCCGCGCGGGUGAUACCGUCGUCAUCGCCCCAUCGACGGGUCAGUUCGGCGGCGCAGCUGUGGAAGUCGCGCUGGCGAUGGGCGCGGACGUCGUCAUUUGCGGACGAAGGCCUGAGGCGCUGGAGCGCAUGAAGACCCUGUUGCAGCCCGCGUAUCCUGCAGGAGGUAUUAAAGUCGUGCAACUGAAGGGGCACGUCGAGGAGGAUGCGGACGCGAUUCGGGCGUGUGGACGCGGGAAGGGCGGAAUUGACGCUUAUAUCGACUUUUCGCCUGAGGGGGCCGCGGCUUCGACGCACAUCGCCAGCUGUAUUUUGGCGCUUCGCAAGGGGGGAGCUGCGUGCUUUAUGGGCGGGAUCACGCAGGCGGUGCAGAUCCCCUACGCGGCGCUUAUGUUCAGGGACUUGAUCAUCCGGGGCAAAUUCAUGUACGAGAGGGAGGGCGUGAAGAGGUUGAUUGGGCUGGUUGAGGGCGGGAGGCUGAAGUUGAAGUUGAACUCGGCCUCGGACCCAGGAGUCCAGGUCGAGGAGGUGAAGUCGUUCGACCUGGAGGAGUGGGAGGUGGGAUUUAGGGAGGCGAAAGAGAGGAGCGGAUGGAGGGAGGCGGUGGUUUUUGAGCCUGCGAUGAAGGGAGAGAGUAGGUAG